GUUGCGGAUAUGAACCAGAUUAAUGUCGCAUCAGGUUUCCUAAAUGAAAGCACACAGCUUGGUCUACGUGGAAAUGUAGGACCAGACAUCUUACAAGCAGGAUGCUGAGGUGAUGAUGCCAGAGUCAGGUAAACUAUGGUUGUUAGCUAGGUAAAUUAUGGUUGUUGUCAGCACGUGGUGUUGUGUCUUUCUGUGUUUUAAAAACAAUAACAUUGUCCCCAUUGCAGCUUAUUGCAUGUGUAAAAUGUAUUGUUGUCAACUUUUUUUCAAGAUAUUUGGUCCUUUGUGGACCGUUUAAUUAGCCUAACUGUUUAUUGACCUUUUUCAGUGAACUGAUUUCCCCUCAACUACAUGUUGUUUCUUAAAAACCCGUUUGCCUAGCUACCGUUGCUAACCAUGAUUUAUUUAUUUAACAUGAUUCACUCUGAAUAACUCAGGAAUGUCUCUCCUUCCUGUACUUUUGUUGAGUACACUGGUGGUCUAUCCAUCAUCAGAGGUUCUACUGAUGCCCACUCUGACCGUGGAGCCUUCAGGACGACAGGUGUACACUGAGGACACAGUCUCCUUGGCGUGUCAGUUACCUGGCCUCUCUGGGCUGGGCUGGCAGUUCUACUGGCACAAAGACAGGCAGGACACUGGCCCUGUGGAGCAGAUGUGGGGCAGAGUUGGAGGUGGGGCGGUCUACCAACUGUGGCGCGCCUCUGUCACACACACAGGCCAGUACUGGUGCAGAGCAGGGAGAGGACAGCCAGUCUUCUACACCCAAUACAGCCAGGCAGUCUUUGUUAAUGUCAUUGAGCUCUUCACAUCAGUGACUUUGUCAGCAUCUCCUUCGACCGUGGUCAAAGAGGGCGGGGCUUUCAACCUCACCUGUGAGGCCCAGCUUAGCAACUGCAAACUGAGCCAACAUCAUGGUAACCACAGUCUACAUAGUCACCCUGAUCCCGACCGUAACUGGACCACAGUGGUUGUAACAUUCUCCUUCCUGAGGGACGGCUGGCCAGUGGCCAGGGACUCUGUCAGUGGGAUGUACAGCGUAGCGAGGGCUUCUAGCUGUCACAUGGGGACCUACAGCUGUGUGGCCAGAGCAGGCAGGGCCAGGAGGAGCAGCCAGGAGAUCAGCAUCACACUAGACAACCUGUCUCUGAUACUGCUCACCUGCUUUGGCACCUUCCUGAUCCUCUCCGUGGCUCCAUUGGCAUUUUUUGUGAGACUAUACGUGAUGAGACUGUGGCAGCUCAGAGCCAGAGGACAAGGAGAAUUGCAGUGCAAUGAGUGCAGUACAAUACAGGGACCAAAAUGAGAGGAAGGACAGCUUGGCCUACAGGACAUGAGUAACUCACACAGCUUGGCCUACAGGACAUGAGUAAGUCACACAGCUUGGCCUACAGGACAUGAGUAAGUCACACAGCUUGGCCUACAGGACAUGAGUAACUCACACAGCUUGGCCUACAGGACAUGAGUAACUCACACAGCUUGGCCUACAGGACAUGAGUAACUCACACAGCUUGGCCUACAGGACAUGAGUAACUCACACAGCUUGGCCUACAGGACAUGAGUAACUCACACAGCUUGGCCUACAGGACAUGAGUAACUCACUCAGCUUGGCCUACAGGACAUGAGUAACACACACAGCUUGGCCUACAGGACAUGAGUAACUCACACAGCUUGGCCUACAGGACAUGAGUAACUCACACAGCUUGGCCUACAGGACAUGAGUAACUCACACAGCUUGGCCUACAGGACAUGAGUAACUCACACAGCUUGGCCUACAGGACAUGAGUAACUCACUCAGCUUGGCCUACAGGACAUGAGGAACUCACACAGCUUGGUCUACAGGACAUGAGGAACUCGCACAGCUUGGCCUACAGGACAUGAGUAACUACAGGACAUGAGUAACUCACACAGCUUGGCCUACAGGACAUGAGUAACUCACUCAGCUUGGCCUACAGGACAUGAGUAACUACAGGACAUGAGUAACUACAGGACAUGAGUAACUCACUCAGCUUGGCCUACAGGACAUGAGUAACUACAGGACAUGAGUAACUCACACAGCUUGGCCUACAGGACAUGAGUAACUACAGGACAUGAGUAACUACAGGACAUGAGUAACUACAGUAACUCUUACUGCUUAUUAUGAUAGCUUGAGUAAAGAGUUAAACCUUUUUUUAGUAGUCAUGUUUUUCAUAAUUUUCCAGGAUUGAUGGACGUGCUUCAGUCUGUAACCUUUAUAAAGUUAUAUGGGGUGAGAGAAGGGACAGGGAGGCAGAGAGAGGGAAACAGAGAGACUUGCGAAGUAGAGAAAGAGAGUGAUUUGAGAGAGGGAAAACAGAUGGGAAGAUUGCAUUUUUGGAGAGAAACAGAGCGAGAGAGGAGGAGUGGAAGGCAAAUCUUUUUUGUGUGUGUCUGGAUAGAAGGGAGCCUCUUAUACCCCUCACAGCAUGAGCUUGGCCCGGGCUGCGGCCCAGUCUCGUCUGCACAGCAGGGGCCUUUCCUGAGCAGGCUGCCCAGGGGAGGGGCACCUGCUCCAGGCCCAAACACUGGCUGAGAGAAGGGUCUGGAGGGUGGGGCGGAGGGGCGAGGGGAUGGAAAGACACUCAACAGUUCCAGGAAAUAGACUUGUGCUGGAUUUAUGAAACUCUCAGGUAACAGAGCGACGCUCCUGAAAGAAAAUAUUUGUCUUCUUGCUCUCCCUGCGGACGAGAGGAUAGGAGGGCGAAGACACCCGUCUCGGGGUGAAAUAAGAAGUUUCUGUGGAGAGUAGAAGUUAUGGUUGGACCCGACCUGCAGGCGCUGGUUACUACCAACACAAACCCACAGUUUAUGGAUUGGCUAAGCCUCCGACUGAGGCAAUAUUUUCCGCCGGUUUGGUUGGGUUGAGUAAACACAAUGUGUUUGAAGUUUAUCAAACACUCAGUCAUCCCAGCAGACGUGAGGGAUAACUUAAUCAUCUGAUAUAUGGAGUAUGAGAAUACACCAAGGCCUUCCAAUAUGCCUGAGACGGGCAAUAUUCAACGACCAACUCCACUGCCAGUACUGUCAAAUCCCCAAUGGCGAAAAUGGAGUGAAAUGUCUGUUUUGGAUGAGCUUCAGUUUAACCCUCCAUUUCUGUCAUUUUGCUGUAAGUUUGGGAUCCAUGGAGCACAUUCCCACAUGAACCCUACAUUCGUCCCAAGAGCAUGCCAAUAUGUUUUUCUUUGUACAGCAUCUCUGUCUGUCAAAUAUGCUGUAUCUCUACUAUAACGUCUAGUCCGAGAGCCCAGUUGGACUAAGAAGGUCUCUGAGACCGACUAGUUGUCUGUGACAGUAAGGGUCUCAAGGUGGAUGGCUAUUGCAUUUUCACAGAAGAAGCCCCCCCCCCCCACGGAGUGACCACACAGGGCGUUGGGUAAUAACUGCGGUGGGAACGUCACGCUCCGAGGUAACGAAGGUAAAUGGAAACACAUGGCGGCAAAACCCGAGACUUCAGGAGAGGCUCCCAACCAUACAGACAGAACGGCCAGGACGCACAUUCAGAUGGCGAGAACAGUUCUGAAGUCCACAAGAAUUUUCACAGUGAAUGCGUAAUUUGUUGACAUCACAUAAUUAUUGGAGACUUAUCGUGGAUAGUGAUCUGUCAAAACAAACUUUAAUUGGUUUUGGAUGUCUCCAGAGGGUGUUGUUGCUGUGUAUGUUGAUAAGUACCAUGGAAAAGGGCGUUUUCCCAUCAGCCAACCAAUCCAACGAGCUACUGCUCACCAAUGUUUCUCAUCAUCAGUGUUUUAGGGAUCAGGUGUUACCAAUAUGUCUCUUAGUUACAGGACUUACCAGCUCCCUCCUUACCCCCUGUGUAGGUCCACUCUCUCUGCGGAUUUGAGAUUCCCCUUCACUAAGUUACAUUUAGGCCUUUCUGAAUACUAACCGAGAGAACUUUUAGGGACUGUACGUCAUUUAUAAUGAAUGAUAACUGGAGAAAAUCGGACCUGAAAAUGGAUGGCCCUCCUUCAGUAAAAUAUAUUUUUACCCGACCCUCCCUGAACAUGUAAAAAGAAAACAAGUGACCCUCCACUAUACCCAUAAUAACAAUUAAAGCAAAGUGGAUAGCAGAGAACAUGCCUACCGUUUACCCUCACUCCUAGGACAGACCAGAGCCUUAGAGGCAGUUUUAGAAACUGUUUUAUGUUUUGUCAGCAUUACAUGGCAAAGGGCCAGAAAGUUGUGAUUCGGAGACCACCGCUGACAAGGGUAGGGGUGAAAAGAUCUCCAUUCUAAUUAAAGCACGGCAUGAAUCUAUCAUCUUAUUUGCGGUCUGAGAAACUAGACUUUUAUAAAAGAGGAUAGUCUAAGUUUGGAACAGAGCUAAAGUUGUCCAUCAACUGUAAAAAUGGAACGUGACAGAACCAGUUACAUCUGAAGUAUCUGAUCAAACAUGAAUUCUAGAAAAAUACAUUUGUUUUUUAACACAGCAGCCACCUGCAUAUCAUCAGGUAGGCCUACAGUAUAUGCACUUUUACAAAUGUAUUCUAUUUUAUUCCAUGAUAUUGUUAUCACAAAAUAGAUUUGUGUUGACUGUGAUUAGGGCAUGGGAAUAUAAGAACGUCUGUUAGGUUACAUUAACAAACUAGGCAUGCAUGGCUCACCGCAGACCCUCAAACCAAAGACUGGCCAAACUCAAGUUUCAAAAAUGAAUUCAAAGCCAUUGUAGAAUGACUCUAUAGCCUAAUAAGACAUUUUUCAUUUCAUUAUUAUUUAAUUCUAAGUAAUAAAGUAAUUGUAUAUAGCCUAAAUGCAAAAUGUAUAGGCAUGUUGUUAAAGUGCUGUUGUUGAAAUGCUGAGCUCUCCUGCCAGCCUGUAGCAUGUCACAAAUGCUUCACAAUUGAUUUCUUAAAUGGUGGCUUUAGCUAGAUCACUGGACAAUAUUUUCGUACACAUCAUUGCCUUUUAUGUAAUUCUGUUGGCUGAGAGUCUCUGACUACCAAAAGGGACCAACAUUGGCUGCUAUUUGUAUAUAAAACAGUUCUCCAGAAACUCCCUAGCUACCUCACUUCUUAAUUGGAAAUAAAGCCACCAGAUUCGCUCUCAAGACUGGAUAGUUCUAGCGGUUCCUCUGGUCUCCACAGAGUUCGGGAAGAUUGCCUUUUAGUUAUUGUGCCCUUAGCGCAUGGAAUGACAUGCAGCCCACUUUGAGGCUUGACUCUCUGGUCUCGAAGGGUCAGGUUGGGAAUUUCAUGAGGAAUGUGGUGAAGGAGAAAUUUACUUGUUUUGAUUGAUGUGUAAUUUUAUCUGCUGCUUUAGAAUUUGAUUUGUUGAAAUGUGAAAUUGUAAAUUGAUUGUGUUUUGAUUCUGAUUAUGUUGAUUUAUUGUUCCCAGGGCAACCUUCAAAAUGA